UUUAUCGGUCCGUCAGUUAAAAAUUAAAAAUGUAAAUAUGACCAAAAUAUUUUUAAAAAUACAUUAAAAAAUGAUAUUACUUUAGAGUGUUUAAAUUUUUUUCAUAGAAAAAAAAGACACUGCAAAAAUGGCCAGUUGUUGCGCGUGCACUGGCGCUGCCGGGAGCAGCGCGGCCAAGUCCGGCCUGCCUCUGAUCUGCUUGGUGCCACGCGACGACUCGCGCCCCGAGAGCUCGACGAGACCCCGCCCAGCCACCGCGCCCGACUCGGGCUUCCAGCUUCUAGAUGAAGACUAUAUCAAGAAACAUUUCAAGCUGCCACAACGGGCACUGUAUCUAGAUCCAUUCAGACGACCUCUGAUCACCUUUCCUAUGACUCAAGAAGAUGUGAAACACUUCAACUUGGCGAGGAAGUACAAAAUCAACCAGCAGAUACUUGACGGAUUUCUGGAUCCCGGCGAGGCUAUUUCUGCGCCUAGUGUCUUUCCAUAUGCGAAAACGGAAUCAGAUAAGAAGAAAGAUUCUGAAGAGGAGGAGGAAAUCAUCUACAUUCUGCAACUACCAGAUUGGGAGUUCAAAUGUCCAGUCCAUAAUCAGACCAUAAAGACGCCUAGGUUUAUUUGGCAUUCAUGUAAGAAGACACCAAAGGGUAAAUCAGCAGAACUGAAACGGGGAGGUGGACCACUCAACAAACCAAAGCCGUGGCUUCUCAGUAGACACACUGACUUCGAUCUUUUAUCUCAGUGGUAAAUUACCUAUAUAUAUGGAAAUCAAAUUGAACGUGGCACAAGCAUGGAAAGAUGUAAUAAAUUUGUUGAUCGAAUCUUA